UUUUGUAGGUAAUGAAAAUGUCUUGUCAGAGCAGACGUAGUCAACUGGAUCAUGCCCCUGUACCGCAGCAUACUCCACUUGUAGUUUGUUGCGUGGGUCAACCUGGCAAUGUUCUACUAGUAUUAGUUUGCAUUGAGGUAGUUUGGAUUUGUCACACGCAGAACACAUUUCGGAAAUCAUUAAAAAGGCCAGCAAAGGCCGAAACACUCUAUCUAGCGACAGACGCAAAGACGGCUUUGUUAGUUGCCGUAGAGCUCGUACUGGGGCGUCGCUGUGCAUGAACAAUGGAAGCUUCGCUAUUCGCAAGGUCCGAAAGUUGUGUAGCGGCGAUUGUUCUGUAUCUAACGUUAGCAUGGUUUGGCAAGGCUUCGUCAGCAGCACUGGACCCAACUCCUGACCCUGCUGCGGUUGUAACGUCGGGCCAGGCUCGCUUCACUGUGCUAACGGAACAUAUUAUUCGCAUGCAGUUUGGCCAAGACCACGAUGAGCCAACUUUCACGUUCCUGAAUCGUCGAAUGUCUGUGCCAGACUUCAGCAAAGCAAUGCAUGGUGACUGGCUGGAAAUCAACACGACUGCCGUGCAUCUGCGAUAUCUCACCACAUCUACACAGGAAACUUUCAAUGAACACAAUCUGCAGGUAGAUGUCCUGAGCACCAGCAGAACAUGGAUGCCAAUACCAACAUUCAACAUAACUCUGCAAGGUAACUUGCUGGGUACAGCACGUACCUUGGAUCAUAACACGGGUGCCUCAAGUAUGGACCUAAACUGCUUGACCAACAAAGUAGCUGAUCUUCACUGCACACUGGCAGUUAUCUCCCAGUGGGGAUAUGUCGUAAUUGAUGACACUGGCAGACCGAGAUUUGACCAUGAUCCAGACUGGCCUUGGCUAGAUCAGCCUGGUAUUCCAGCACCUACAGCAGAUCAGUGCGACAUUGCCAAUACAUCGCGCAGAGACUGUGGCUACGUAGGCAUCAGAGAGAUUGACUGCGUCGGCAAAGGCUGCUGUUAUCACGCCAGGCACCACCGCACAGGCGAGAAUGGUGUACCAAGCUGCUUCUAUGCAAGAAAUGCCCAGCAAGAUCUUUACUUCUUUGGGCAUGGUCUGAAUUACACACUGGCAUUGAAGGAGUUUACUGAUCUUGCAGGCAAGAUCCCAAUGCCACCACGAUUUGCAUUCGGCCUAAUCUACUCCCGAUACUGGGCAUAUAGUGAUUUUGGUGAGAUGGAGAUUGUGAACCAAUUCCGUGAUCACAGCCUUCCGCUGGAUGCAGUUGUUAGUGACAUGGAUUGGCACAUCACCUUCUAUGAUAACGUCAAGGAUCAGGCGGGGGAACGGCGUGGCUGGACGGGAUUCACCUGGGACAAACACCUCUUCCCUGAUCCCAGCGGCUACCUGAAAUGGUGCAAAGCACGUGGUCUGAAGAACACACUCAACCUUCACCCGGCAUCGGGUGUUCAGCCUUGGGAGGAUCACUACAAAGAGAUGGCAACUGCAAUGGGAGUGGAUCCAACGACGAAUAUCUACGUGCCAUUCGUUCCAGAGAACAAGACGUUUGUCACAAAUUGGAACAAGAUAGUCCUAGGUGCCCGAGAAGAGGAAGGUAUUGACUUUUGGUGGCUGGAUUGGCAGCAAGGUGAAGGCUGGAUUAACAUAACCGGUGUCAACCCGACAUUCUGGCUCAACUAUAUAUUCUACACGAACCCAAAUCACUGGAACGGAACAGCCGGCAUUGACCAGAGAGGAAUGCUACUGCAUCGCUUUGGAGGCCUGGGAAAUCAUCGAUACCAGGUUGGGUUUUCUGGUGACGUUCUGCCAUCCUGGGACUCAUUGCAUUUCCAAGUGUAUUUCACAAUCACAGCAAGUAACGUAGGCUUUGGGUACUGGAGUCACGAUCUUGGCGGACACGUGGGGGUUUCCCCUCCAGAGCUCUACACCCGCUGGAUUCAGUUUGGCACUUUCUCGCCAAUUUUCCGCAUACACGCCAAGAAGGACAGCACAAUGUGGCGCCGGCCAUGGCUGUAUCCACCAAGGAACUAUGACAUUCUGAUGAAGUUCUUCUUUCUGCGAGCGUCUCUUGUGCCAUACAUUUACACGGCGGCAAGAGAGGCGUAUGAGAGUGGUGUGAGUCUAAUGCGACCUAUGUAUUACUCCUAUCCUGACAAUCCACUCUCGUAUCAGUACGACCAUCAGUACAUGUUUGGUGACAGCAUACUCGUUGCUCCCGUCACCGUUGCUAUGGAUCCGCAGUACAAUACUUCACGCAAGGCCGUUUUCUUGCCGUUGGGUUUGACGCUGGUGAACUGGCAGAGCGGUGAAGUAUUCCAUGGUCAACACCAGGAGGAGGAGGUAACACGGAACUACACGCUGAGUGAAACACCAGUGUUUGUGAAGGCAGGCACCAUCAUUCCAAUGACACCUUCGUCAGAAAUGACCUUGGGAUCUGCAAAGCAACUGCCUCUCAGGCUGAGCUUGUUAGCCUUUGUUGCUGGCGGUGCAGCAAUGGCCGGACGCGGACAGGUGUACGAGGAUGACGGUGCAACAAACUCAUACAAAGCAACAGACUUCUCGCAAACAGCCUUCUCUUACACCGUACAGACGGAGACCUCCACAGCAAACACUGUCCAGUUUACCGUUGGAGCCAUGUCUGGCUCGUUUCCAGAAAUGCUGACGGAGAGAAGUUACAACAUCAUCCUACGUGGUACAUGGCCCGCUAGCGAUAUCACACUGAACGGUAAAGCACUCUCGGAAGUGCAAUUUGAUACUGGCUGUCAUGACACCACAGGCUGCUUCUCCUACGACGGGUCUCAACUAGCCGUUGUUAUAACGACAUCAAGCCUUCCAGUAAAUGUCACCCAUACCGUAGUAGCUAGUUUGACAGCAGCAAUGCCAUCUGCCAUGCUUCAAACAGACUUCACCGGGCGUCUGGCACGCCUGGCCGAAGCAAAGCAGCUACUUGAUGAUCAGUGGGGUAUACACACGGUUCACCAGCAGCAGUACUACUCAUUGCUGCUUGCCGCUCAUGCUGGAAUCCGCAUCACAUACUCACCUGCCACCGCUCACGCUGAGCUGGCUGGCUUUGAACAGCUUGUUACUGCGGCUAGAUCGGAAGUGACAGCGCUGAGUCUAGCUGACAGUGGAUACCUGAAGAGUACUGUGCUGGAGUUACUCUCGUAACUACAGUGUAUGCUGACACCCAAACAUACACUACUUCAGAGAAGUAUUACGUGAUACAUAGAUCAUUUUUACACACGCACACACAUGCACGCACACACACACAUGCACGCACGCACACACAUGCACGCACACACACACAUACACACACACAUACACACACACACACACACACACACACACACACACACACACACACUCGCAUACAUGGGUGCAGCACCAAGACGAGGUUUCAGACAAGUUAAGCUCACUCUGUGAGACGUGCUCAGACGUUCAGAAGAAUGCAUUGCCAAUGCAAGUUACUAAACUAUGAACAACUUAGAAUUUCGCCUGCUUAGAUUUGGUGUUGAAAGUUGAAACCCAUGACACUGA